UCAAGAUGGGACUAAUAUUUUGUGUAACCUCAACUGACAUUGAUAUAUUACUUUUCUUACUUGGAUUUCUGCUUCUAUGGAUGAUAUUUACCAUUGAAGAGAGGACAGUUGAGAAAGUGUGCAAGGCCGGAGUUUAUUUAUGUAUUGGGCUCAGUCGACUCUGCCUAUCAAUAGUCCCAGUGCGGCGGAUGAUCUUCCGGCUGUUCAUGCCCAUCUUCCACUUCUGUGCAUUUUUCUUUCAUGUGAUUCUUCAAGGUCAUCAUCAAUCUCAACAGGCUUACAUAGUUUCACAUGUUAGGAAUUUGCCCUUCUUUGAAACCACUGAGUUGAUUAAUAAACGUAAUGAGCAUGUCCGCAAGGAGAAGUAUCACAAGCAGAAAGCUCAACGACACUUAGCUUUGAUUGUCUUUAACCUUCUGGAGGCCAUGAGGCAGCUAUGUGAGUUUCCAUUGCAGUUACUGCAGGUGAUACCACCUGUCUGUUAUGUUAUAUUUCACCUCUUGGAAAGUGUCUUCUGUUUUUUAAUUAGUCUGCUGAAUCCAGUACAAGAAGCAGUGAAAAGGCUGAGUGAAGACAAAUCAUUUUCAGUGAAUCAGGAUCAGGAUCAGAAUCAGAAUGAAGAGACAAGCAACUCUCACAGUACUUCUCAGGAACCUGAAAGCCAUGGUAGAAGUAAUGGAAAAAAUGUGUUGAAGGACUGGUUCAGGAUAGAACAUCAGCGAAUAUUCUUCACUGAGAUGGUCCUAAAACAUUGGAAUAAGCCACCACAACACCUAGUGGAAUCAAAUCUCACAGAUAUGUUCAUAAACUUAUGGUUUAUGUCAGCUUCAGAGGUGGAUUUAGGAACCAAGCCUAGAGUUCCUAAAGUAUAAAUCUUUAACUAGCACAUUAUUUAAAUGUGUUAUUUUAAGCUACACCUUCAAUAGCUUCUAUUAAAAAGGCAAAUGGAAAUAAAAAUGAUAAAAAAUAUAAAAAUCUGGUGAAAAAAUUAUAGUGCUAAAGCAAUUGCUUGCAUGUGUUGCAGCUUAUUUUUUAUGUUUUUAAUAGGUCCUAAUGUCUGUUACUUUUUGUAAUAAUCAAUUGAUUUGCCAUUUCCUGGGUUUAUGGGGAUUUUAGACAAAAACACAAAUGAUAAUAUGUAUUUGCCUCCUUUGGUGAUGUAAAUAUUACUCCUCUAAAUUGCUACUUGCAAAUGUACACUCUGCAAUCUUUGGCAAAUAAGGGGACUUCGGUCUUUUAACUACUCCCCUAAAUAUCUAAUCUGGGAGUCACAUGUUACCGUAUCAGUCUUUAUUGAACUGGAGAAGACAAUUGCUCCAGAGUAUCCUUAUUAUUAAAAAAAGGAGUCAGGCUUACAAGCCUAUCAGAUACUCAACUCUUUAAUACACCAUAAACAACUGCAUAUGCAUAUGACAGACUGUUAAAAGUAAGCUUAAACAUUUGGGUUUUUUUUCUGUAAAAUCUAUAGUUAUAAAUAUAUAUGAAUUUUUGUAAUGUAGUGUAUUUUCAGCUAAGAAAAUAGCACUCUUUGGCACAUGCUAUUUUCAAGUGUUUAAUGUCAAAAACUGAGUAUCACUCUCAAAUUCAGAAACCUUUUAAGAGUGGGUCAUGCAUUACACUUAAGGUGUCAUCAUAUUGGCUUUAUUUCCAAAAACUAUAAGGGAUGCUUUUUGCCAGCUUACUGUGGCCUUGGCCUGAAGCCUAUUACCAUAUACUGUAUAUUGUUUUACAGCAUAGCUAUAUAUUUAUUGUAGGUGCUUAUUGCAAAUGAAUAAAAAAUGCAUCAGGAGAA